AUGAAUUGCCUCAGGUUACACAACCCCAAUCUACGAGCAUUCGCCCUCAAACGUGUCCAAAGCACCCAUUGGGCUGCACCGGCCAGCUUGCUCACAAGAACAUACUUGACGAAGCCGUGUCUGCAGCCACUUCCAAUCAACCCGUUAUUGCUUACAAGUCGUUUGACCAAGUUCAACUACUCCACGAGAACGGCACCUCCUCCUCCUCCACCGCCACCACCAUCAGGAGGUAGAAAUGCAAAGGGCGAAAAGAUACUCAAUCGCAUAUCGCGCGCAUUCACCUUUUCACUAUCGACAGUUAUCGUCAUUGCCGCAUCGGGAGUAGCGAUGUUGGUGCUCUACUUGAUCAUCAGCGAGCUAUUUUUCCCUCUGGGUGACACUACCACGUUCAACAAGGCCGUGAGUUUGAUUCAAGACAAUGCCGAGGCUCAAAAAGUUCUCGGUUUCCCCGCGGGUGAAAGAUUGAAAGCUUAUGGGAUCGUUGCUGCUGACCGCUGGGUGCGCAAUCGCCCCGUGCAGAGCGCCAAGAGGAAAGGCCAAGAUGGCAAGGACCACUUGUUUAUGAAAUUUCAGGUUGAGACUAGUAAGGGGAAUUACGGUGUGGUCACUUUGGAACAAGUCGAUUAUAGUUGGUGGAGCACCAAGUUUGAGUACAUUUCGUUGGAUGUGCCUGGCCAUAGAACUGUGUAUAUUGUCGCGCCGCCUAGACCACACAUUGCCCCUGCUGUGGGGAAAGGUACGGGAUUCUUGGGGUUGAAUUGGGGGCCAAAGAAGGACUGA